CGGUAUGAUCUGGGUGGUGGGCGUGAUAGCGACGGCCACGGCUAUCAGCGCCCACUCGGUGCUCGGGCUGUGGACAUUCUCCUCGGACAUGGUCUACGUGCUCCUCUUCCCGCAGUUCGUCGCGCUAUUCUACCUGAGGAAGCGGAGCAAUGCCUACGGCGCUGUCUUCGGAUUACAUGUGGACCUUCUACUUCGUCUGUGUGUUCGUCCUUUGUGUUCGAUGCUGUGAAAGUGAUUGCAUCUGUAAGUGUCCUUUUUGUUAUGUUGUUAGAAUUGAGCACUGUGACUGAGGUGUGACACCAUGCUCGUUUGACUGUUAAGUCGUGCAACCUAUGAUAACUUGCAGAUAAAUAAUUUAUUACCAAUGGCUCUACCCUGGGUGUCGUGGUAGGGUUCAGUUUACCCACGCACUUCUCAACAGUGUAGUUAUUUAGAGCGGCCUUAGCUGACACACUUGUACUUCCACUGUAGCAUGCUUA